CCGGCGGCGGCGUCUGCGCGUGCGCACGCGCGUGCGCGCCGCGGCCCGGGGACGCCGGGGGGUGAAGAAGGGGCCGGCCUUCGAACGACAGCGACGCAAGAUGGCAGCCACCACAGGCUCGGGAGUAAAAGUCCCUCGCAAUUUCCGCCUGUUGGAAGAACUCGAAGAAGGCCAGAAGGGAGUAGGAGAUGGCACAGUUAGCUGGGGUCUGGAAGAUGACGAAGACAUGACCCUUACCAGAUGGACAGGGAUGAUAAUUGGGCCUCCAAGAACAAUUUAUGAAAACCGAAUAUACAGCCUUAAAAUAGAAUGUGGACCUAAAUACCCAGAAGCACCCCCCUUUGUAAGAUUUGUAACAAAAAUUAAUAUGAACGGAGUUAAUAGUUCUAACGGAGUGGUGGACCCAAGAGCCAUCUCCGUGCUAGCAAAGUGGCAGAACUCCUAUAGCAUCAAAGUCGUCCUGCAAGAGCUCCGGCGCCUAAUGAUGUCUAAAGAAAACAUGAAACUCCCCCAGCCACCGGAAGGACAGUGUUACAGCAACUAAUCGAGGACAGCCCCGCCCCUCGAUUUCCGGGCCUCCAUCCUCCACAGUAGUCAGUUUCUAGAUCCGUCUGUAGACCUCCAAGUACUGGAAAGGAAGCUCCCACUCGAGGCAGUUCAUCCUAAGACACUGUACACGAUACUAAUUCUGUCCGUUUGAAAUAUAUGAGUUGUGCUGUAACAGACCAUCUGUCAAUGUAACCACAGUCCUUGCCCGGGAUCGGACGGCAGCCAGCAGACCCCGCGCGACCGGCGGGCGGGCUGACUCAACUGUGAACAGACUCGGCACACAAUCACUGCUGCUGCGACGCCUGGGGUCUCCCUCCUCCUCCCUACCCUUCCUGCCCCCCCCCCUCGCCCUCCAUGCUGACAGACAGCGGGGUCCUGUCCCCCUGCUCUUCCUGUGUCGUCGUUUCCCCCGCCCCAGCCCUCCAUGCUGACACGCCUGGGGUCUCUGCUCUCCGCCCAGUCCUCCCCCCCCCCCCCCCCCGCUCUCCAUGCUGGCCUGCCUGGGGUAUGCCCCCCACCCCGUCCAUUCCUGUCCCCUUCCCUGUUCCUGCCCACCUGCUCCUGUCCCCCAUCCCUUGAGGCUGGCACGCCCGGGGUUCACCACUUCCCAUCCCCCAGCACGGUGGCUUUAGAGUAGACACGGCCUGCGGGACGCAUGUGUGGCCUUCCCUGCACCCCCCCCCCCCCCGCUCCUCCACACCCCCUCCCGCCCCGCCCUCCAGCCCCACCACGGCUGAGGCAGAUUGUAACCCCCCUCAGAAACCGGCCUUCGGGGAGGACUGCAAGGCUGCUCCCCAUGUGAUGGAGGGGUGCCGCUCUCCCUCCUCCUCCUCUGCCCCCGCUGCCCCCGCUCCCGGCCGCCGGGGGAGGCGGCAUCUGAUGCCCCUUAGUCCCGCCCCGCCCGCCCCGCUGCCAGCCGCGCCCGCCCCGCCCGCCGCCGUCCCCCAGCCGAGGCCGCAGCUCCGCGGGUGACUCGCCCGCCAGGGCUCAGCUCGGGGCUGGGCCGCCGCCGGAGCCCCGCAAGCACGCGGCCCCCAGCCCUCCCCGACUGCUUUGCUUUGACGAGCUGAAGGUCUGCGCAGGCCCAGCCGCCCCCGCGCCACCCGGAGGCCCCGCCUGGGUGGACCCCGGCUCCGCUGCUGCUCCUGAGGCCCGCUGCUGACUUGGGAGGCGCCGGGCAGCGGGGGCCCGGGGUUGGGGCCCGGCCCCCCUUCCUGUUAGGACCACUAAUGGCUGGGCCGGCGCGAACCGAAAUAAAGGCAGUUCAUGGUGUUC